UUUCUUUAUUUUUAAAUUGGUAACACAUUCUGUAAAGCACUUUGCCCAGUCUUCAUUCUGUCCGGCCUAAAUCCACACCGAAACGACUCAGGGUGGGUCUGUAGUUUUGUUUGGUUGGUUUUUUUUUUUUUUCCCGUGUACCAGACGGGCCGAGUCCUUUUGAAGUGAAAACUUUAGGGCAGAGGGUGGCACGGGCCCUUCCUGCCCAAUCUUAGCAUCAUCCCGGGCUCGGCUCCCCGCAGCCUUCCGGCUUCGCGGUCCAGACCGCUGCCUGCGACGGAGGGGGGUUGGGGGGGAGGGGAGGCGAGCCUCGCGGCCGGACCGUCAGAGGCAGCAAGUGGUCGACUUUAUUAAAGUUGUCAAUCUGAAGUCUCUUCCCCUGCCCUCCGAGACGCCUUUUCGUGGUUUCUCUGCCUAAACUUGUCGGGUGGCUGAGUGGAGCCCCCGGGAAGGUCCCCUGAACACCUAGGGAGCCCGGGUGCUGGUAAAUGCACUUGUAACACUCCUGGAAACUCUUGAAAUUCCCCAAGAAUGAGGCGGGGCGGAAGAAGGAGGGGCAAAGAAGACCCUUCGAGAAACCGUGCGACAGCUACUGACGUGUGCUGAGGCAAAUCCGUUCAGGAUUGGAAAAUUCAAACCUUGACUUCCGAGCAGAGUUCUCCCCGUUAGUGCCCUCGGGUCCACCCAAUGCUCACUGGGCAUCUCUGGCAGAGCCUUGGCCGAGCACUCGGCGGCCCGCGCCCGGAGGUGAGCUUCCCUUUCCCUCCCACUACUGGGUUUUGAGGAGAGGAGAAGAGCCUACAGGGCCGACUUUGGAGGAGGUGCCCAGACAUGGGUGACUGGAGUGCCUUGGGGAAGCUUCUGGACAAGGUCCAAGCCUACUCCACCGCUGGAGGGAAGGUGUGGCUGUCAGUGCUCUUCAUAUUCAGAAUCCUGCUCCUGGGGACAGCUGUUGAGUCAGCUUGGGGUGAUGAACAGUCUGCCUUUCGCUGUAACACUCAACAACCUGGCUGCGAAAACGUCUGCUAUGACAAGUCCUUCCCCAUCUCUCACGUGCGCUUCUGGGUCCUUCAGAUCAUAUUCGUGUCUGUGCCCACCCUCCUGUACUUGGCCCAUGUGUUCUAUGUGAUGAGGAAGGAAGAGAAGCUAAACAAGAAAGAAGAGGAGCUCAAAGUGGCCCAGACUGACGGGGUCAACGUGGAGAUGCACCUGAAGCAGAUUGAAAUCAAGAAGUUCAAGUACGGGAUUGAAGAGCACGGCAAGGUGAAAAUGAGGGGCGGCUUGCUGAGAACCUACAUCAUCAGCAUCCUCUUCAAGUCUGUCUUCGAGGUGGCCUUCCUGCUCAUCCAGUGGUACAUCUAUGGGUUCAGCUUGAGCGCGGUCUACACCUGCAAGAGAGAUCCCUGCCCCCACCAGGUAGACUGCUUCCUCUCACGUCCCACGGAGAAAACCAUCUUCAUCAUCUUCAUGCUGGUGGUGUCCUUGGUGUCUCUCGCUUUGAACAUCAUUGAGCUCUUCUACGUCUUCUUCAAAGGCGUUAAGGAUCGCGUGAAGGGAAGAAGCGAUCCUUACCACGCCACCACUGGCCCACUGAGCCCAUCAAAAGACUGCGGAUCUCCAAAAUACGCCUACUUCAAUGGCUGCUCCUCACCAACGGCUCCACUCUCGCCUAUGUCUCCUCCUGGGUACAAGCUGGUUACUGGUGACAGAAACAAUUCCUCGUGCCGCAAUUACAACAAGCAAGCUAGCGAGCAAAACUGGGCGAACUACAGCGCAGAGCAAAAUCGCAUGGGGCAGGCCGGAAGCACCAUCUCCAACUCGCACGCCCAGCCGUUCGAUUUCCCCGACGACAACCAGAAUGCCAAAAAAGUUGCUGCUGGACAUGAACUCCAGCCAUUAGCCAUCGUGGACCAACGACCUUCCAGCAGAGCCAGCAGCCGCGCCAGCAGCAGGCCUCGGCCUGAUGACCUGGAGAUUUAAACCGGCUUGAGCAUCGAGCUGUCGAUUAUGGAGGAGAAAAAAAGGUGCUUGCAGAACAUGCACCUAGGGUGUUCAUUUUCGUUCCCGUGGAGUUGGUACUCAACAACCUCAGCAAUGAGGCAUAGAAAACAAAGACAUUACAAUACCUAGGUUCCUUGGGGGUGCUUGGGAUAGCUGGGCGGAACAGGUGGGGAUAAGGGAGGUACACAUUGAUAUUUAAUGUAGAAGAUUCAAAGAACUUAAAUUCUAGUAAGAGUCGCAUUGGGUGAACAUAGAUAAGGGCUUUCUCUCUCUGCCCCCAUCCCCCAACUGAACCUUAAGAAUGAGUCUGUGUACAUGAAUUGAGUGAGUGAUAUUUUUUUUUAAUUUUGUUUUACUGAGAUUCUGCGAUAGCUUUGAGCAGAAAUCUGAGUCCUCCACAUAGCGUUUCCUUUAUGAAAAGACAGAUUGUCCUACAUCCCCCCCCCCCAAAAAAAACAUUCCAGUGUUUAAAAACUUGCAUUUUGCAGGUAAGCUUCCCUGGUCUACCCCUCUGGGUGUGAGUGGACCUUGUGUUAUUUGCUAGACACGAUUUUCAUUCUUAGUAUCAAUCUGAAGUUCAGACAAGGCUCAAAGAAAAACGACCGCCCAUGUAGUUGCAUCUCACUGGGUUCUUUGCUGAAUCUGUCUCACCUUUGUGCCUUCCAAACAUCAUCCUCGACUGGUCCUCGCCCUCACCAAACGGCUUCUAUCAACAUUUUUAAAACAGUCAUAACGUCAUUUUUAGUUUAGUUUUUUUUUUUUCUUUUGAGUUAGCAUCAGGGAGGUGAGCCAUGCUCAAGAUUUAACAAUCGCUUCUACGUGUGGAUGUGCGCAUGUGUAAGUGUGUGUUUUGUCAUUAUUGGUACAAGCAGAGGCAGUCUAGACUCACAAAUACAGAUUUGAAUCUAAUGCACAGUGUUCAAAUUUGAACCUUCCUAGUGGAUUUUUGUGGUGUGGGCCAAUGCGGUGUUUACAUUAUAGAAUUCCUGCCGUGCAAGUAAAGCACAGUUUUUCCCUGAAAAUUUUUUUUCCAGGUAUUCCAUUAUGGAUACUGGUUUUGUUAAUUAUAAUUUCUCUCUCUCUCUCUCUCUCUCUCUCUCUCUCUCUCUCUCUCUCUCUCUUUUAGAAUGUAGCAGUAAUCGCCAUUACUGAAAUGAAUGAUUUUCUUUUUUUUUGAAAUAUAAUCAUUGAUGCUUGAAUGAUAGAGUUUUAGUACUGUAAACGGGCUUUAGUCAUUAAUGUGAGAGACUUAGAUGGGGAUUGCCUAGAGUGGACUAUCAAGUGAGCCUAAAGGAACUUUGUAGUAACUGGUAAUCUGAUUUUUUUUUUGUCCUACUUAACUACACAUAACUCAGAACUUGUAUUCUGAGUUUAACAGUCUUUUAGAUUGACGAGCAACUUGGAUGUUUGCACUAAGACUUUGUUUGAAACACUAAGGGGCGAGGGAGGUUUCAACAGUGCACAUGUAACUAAUUUAUUUGAACUGUAUGCUAAAGACACCAGUUUCUUCAAAUGACUUUUUUUAAAAAAAAACAAAAACAAAACUCAUCACAGAUGAUUGAAAUGUCGAGUUAUCAUGUGUUUCCCUCUUGCGCGUCAGCUACAGAAAAGAGUUUUUGUACAAUGAGAAACUAAUGUGUUUGACAUUCCACGUUAAACUGCUGUCGUGUUCGGCUUCGUAGCAUGUAAUGUAGACCUAGCCCAUCCAUUCAUGUGCUCGGGAGAGUGUUCUUUAUCCAAUAAAGUUUUAAUUUAGUAUAUAAUAAAAA